GGAAGUCACGGGGAAGUCACGGGGAAGUCACGGGGAAGUCAAGGGGAAGUCAGGGGAAGUCAUGGCACUAGGCGGCCACACGACAUACGGGUAUAAUCGGAUCUGAUAACAUUCCAGUACGUACUAGUUUGUUAUCAGAUCCGCCUACACCCACAAAAUCCACCCUCUCAGCUCUCACCUUCUCUCUGCCUCUACUCCUCCUUCUCUCCGCCUUCACCUGCCCUAUCCCCAACCUAGCCAUUCUGCCACUUCCCAUUCCCCUAAGUGCAGGUCUACUCGAUAUGUUCGUGAUAAUUCCCUAAAGGCAGGAAUAACAAUUCUUUGACAAACAAUCUACCCAACAAUCAUGUGCGACCCAUCUACCAGACACUCACCUGCACUUAGGGGUCUAGUCUAAUUAUCAAAUCCCGCAUAUAAGUUAUAUUAAAAGCGUCUUUCUCCCCGCCCCUCUCAUAAUUCCCUUUUCAUUUUCUUGCCCCUCCAAAAUCGUACCUUCUCCAAAUCACUGUCGUCGUCGUCAUACCCUUCCCCCAUCAACGCCCGCCCAUUUUUACCUGCCCCACCACCUCUUUCAGCUAAUAAUACCGGCAUUCUCGAAUAGAGAAUACCCCAAAAGCAAAAGAUAAUACUCAACAAAGUAAUCAUCGUGACGAGGAUACCUUUUUCGUGUCUAAUCACCCCGCAAUCGCAACAAUGACAACCACCAGCAUGGUCAAGCCCAAGUUCCUCACGCGAGGCAACGAGCUCGGCGUCGUCGCAGUCGGCUUCUCGGGUGGCCAGACCAAAGCAGGCGUUGACGCCGGCCCCUCCGAGCUCAUCAAGAACGGCCUCCUCACCCAGCUCCACGAGGACCUGGGCUACGACAUCCACCACGACGGCAAAGUCCACGACUACUCCGACGUAAUCCCCGACCCAUCCUCUGACCCCGACCACCGCGGCAUGAAGCAGCCCCGCGCCGUAUCCGCCGUCACCCGCGCCCUCUGCGACCAAGUCUACGCGCAAGCCAUCACAGGCCGCUGCGUCCUCACCCUCGGCGGCGACCACAGCAUUGCCAUUGGUUCCGUCGCUGGUACCGCCAAGGCCGCCCGCGAGAGGUUGGGAAGGGAGAUGGCGCUGAUCUGGGUGGAUGCCCAUGCGGAUAUUAAUACGCCUGAGAUGUCGGAUUCGGGGAACAUUCAUGGAAUGCCGGUUGCGUUCUUGACGGGCUUGGCGAAGGACGAUGAUGAAAGUAUGUUUGGAUGGGUUAAGGAUGAGAUGAAGGUUAGCUUGAAGAAGCUGGUUUACAUUGGUCUUCGCGAUGUGGAUAGGGCGGAGAAGGUGCUCUUGAGAGAGCAUGGCGUUAAGGCAUUCAGCAUGCAUGAUAUCGACAGAUACGGCAUCGGCAAAGUCAUGGAAAUGGCACUCGCCCAUAUCGGCACCGACACCCCCAUCCACCUCUCCUUCGACGUCGACGCCAUCGACCCCCAAUGGGCACCCAGCACCGGCACCCCCGUCCGCGGCGGCCUAACCCUGCGCGAGGGCGACUACAUCGCUGAGUGCGUGCACGAGACUGGUAGCCUUGUCGCCAUGGACUUGGUUGAGGUGAAUCCGUCGCUCGAGCCGGGGUUGGAGGGUGUAGGCGCGUUUGAGACGGUUAGAGCGGGGUGCUCGGUCGUGAGGUGCGGGUUGGGGGAGAGUUUGUUGUAGGUUGGAGGGUGGGGUUUUUUGGGGGAGUUUUUUGGGACGGCAGGUGCUGGGGUAUUGGAGGAAGGACUUGCAAUUAGAUGGGGGCGCAAUUGCAUGUACCCUAGAAGCUACACUCCCGCAUAUAUUUUUGGUUUUAUAUUUUCUACUAUAUAUAAGAAUACUUUUUAUGAUGCUGGGUUUUGGUUGUGGGUGUUCUCAGGCACGAAUGGCACAAGUCAUGAAAGUUUGUAUUACGUGCACAGUCACCUUGUGCUAUUACGUGUAGCUAUCAGAAUGCGGUAAUGACAGUCGUAGUAACCUCAUCGAUAGCUACACCGUGAACCCCAGGCUCUCAGUAUCAGCAGCUCCAAGACGAACACCAUCCACCACGGCGCCUACCGACAUCCACGCCAGAAACGCAAUCACUUCUUGUACACAUUCCCACUGGGCGCCGUGUACGAAGCGGACCCCUUCCCGUCGUCGUAGUACGUCGACUGGUCGCCGUUGGAGUAGUAAUAGCUCCCGUUCUGUACUCGUCAGCUUCUCUCUCUUUGGCCCCAUGUCUGAUUUAGAAACGGAGGAAGAGGGGGAACAAGGCAUGGUUCACGGUGUUGCUGUAGUGGUACGCGGACCCGGAGGGUUGACUACGGGUGUCGUAGCUAUUCCCCUGGGAGUGGUUAGGGAGGCUGGUGGAGAGCGGGGGAGAUGGGGCGUGUACCUGGCUGUUCGUGCCACUACCGGUGGUGGUGUAGGGCGUGUAGUUGCUGGAGGAGCCGGAGCCGCCGCCGCCGCUGGAGUUGGAUUUGCCGGACAUCUUUUCCUGUGGAAGCUGGUUGGUUUUACG